UCCCAGCACACCCCCGCCAAGAUCAUCCACGACACCGACCAAGAGUCGACCGACUUUGGCAAGGCCAUCACCUGGAUCCGCAAGACGCAGCCCCCAGGCACCGACAUCAUCGCGCUGGGCGGCAUCGGCGGCCGCAUCGACCAGGGCCUCAGCCAGCUGCACCACCUCUACCUCUUCCAGUCCGACCCCGCCUACGCCGAGGGCCGCGUCUACCUCCUCUCCGGCUCCAGCCUCACCUUUCUCCUCAAGACGGGCACCCACCGCAUCCAGGUCCGGGAGGAUGGCGAGGAGGACGUGUUUGGCAAGCACGUGGGCAUCAUCCCGCUGCAGGAGCCGAGCCGCAUCACGACCAAGGGGCUGGAGUGGGACGUGACCGACUGGGAGACGCGCAUGGGCGGCAGGAUCAGCACGAGCAACCACGUGCUCCCGGAGACGAAGAUUGUCGAGGUGCAGACCACAAAGGACGUCCUCUUCACGAUAGCGCUGAGCUGCAUCGACGGCGAGGAGGACGGAUGA